UUUGCUUCGAUUCGAAACCCUAACCCAGCCUUGAUGGGUAUUCCCGAAGGCUUACGAGCCACAGAUUGUAACAGAAAUUUCUCAAGUGGACGAACAAUGCCAAAUUUUGAUUCUCAAGUUUUAUGGUUGUCAUCCGAGAAUAAAAUUUUCUAUCUUUCUGGUUGUUUUUGAGGAUUGUGGAUAGAUAAACAGCAAUUAUAGUGGUUGUGAGAAUUUGAGGUUUUCAUUGGCAAGGCAAAAUAUCACCCUAAAAGGGGGGAAGAGGUUUAGGCUCAGGUAUUCAUUUUUCUUUGUGCUGGGUUUCUCUCAGACAUGGUUGAGCUUUGUCUGAUGGCCUCUUCUACUUCACCUCCUGGGAUUUUUCACCAAGAGCAGGGCCUUUGCAGGGUUCCUAAGGAGUUUCAACCUUUUAUGCCAAUUCCUGGAACAAAACAUCAGAUGAUAAGAUCAGGUUGCCUUCAUAGAAGGCCACUUCAGCUUGAAAAUGUAUGGAAAUCCAAAACUCGAGUUGAUGUGCAAGAAACUCACCCCGACUCGGUGCUCUUCAGCUUUGGGAUUGCUGAACAGUGUAGAAGGCAUGAAAAGAUUUUGCAGUUCCUCAUGUCUGGAUCAAGCGAAGCAGAACGAGAUGGGCUGGAUGUUUCUCUUUUAUCUGAUUUGAUGGGGCUUCAAACGGUGGCGAUCAACAUGCAUCCACAGCCAUAUGCUUCCGAUGGAUUUUGUCUUUGUGAGGUUGGGGACGAUGAGGCUCAACCUCCCUUUUUCUACCCAAAUGGGGGCUAUAAUGUGCAGAAACCUCUCUUGGAUUUUGUUGGGGAUUUGGCCCGUAGUUCAAAAGUCACAUUUCACCCAGAUGGCAGAGUCCUGUUGACAGGCACUGGGGCUGAGAUGAAAGAUUUACUUUCGGUUGUCGCUGAGUUUUACUUGUCAAAGAGUACAACUAAAUGCAGAACGCAACCAGUGUUGGUACCUCACUUUCCCAGGGUGGACAGGAAUGAGGCACCUAGUGUCCAUGGAAAUUCUCUGAAGUUAGAAACUAUCACGGUCGUUCCUCUAAGGAGCCCGGAGAAAAAUAAGCAAACUUCACCACAAAGGAAGAGGCACAAUAAGAAAGCAGGGAGGGGAAGGGAUCUCUACAGGAAGAACUACUUCCAUGCAUGUGAGAGUCUUCUAACCUUAAUUCUGGAGAAGGGGCAGGGGAAAACUGCAAUCAAGUCACUUAAGAAAUCAGGGCCUGAACUGCCACAGCUUCUAAAUCAGUUCUCAGCUGGAAUUGCUGGAACUGGUCUUGCUGUUAUCUUCUCGGUUGCCUGUAAGGUUGCAGGUGGGAGGGUUCCCUUCUGUGCAUCCAAGCUCUUGCAUACUGGAGUUGGGUUUGGGCUUGUUUGGCUCUCUGGUGCAGUGAACAGGCUUAGAGAUACAAUCAUUUAUAUCAGCAAGAAUUCAAGCAAGUUGGGGUCGAAAGAGGAUGAAAUGAUGAGGAGAGUAGACAGAAGCGUGAAAGAAAUUUUCUUCAGGGCAGCAACUAUUAUGGUGGUGACAGUACUGAGGUUUGCGUGAGCUAAAGAAGGUAAGAGAAUGAGACUGACAGGCCUACUAGAUCCGCUUAUAUGAUGCGAGAACUUGAGGUGAGGCUAGAUGACCAAGCUUAAUAUUGUGGCUGUAAAGUGACUGUUUGUGCUAGCUGAUCAAGCUUCAUAUUGUGGCAGUCAAUGUGGUUAAUAGGGGUUGAUUUCUGGGACAAUGUUAUAGUCUUAACCCUCAAGUUGAAAGAGCUUUGUACAAAAUACAAUGAAGCUUUGUAAAUUUCAAGUAAACUAGUUCUUCCU